AUGAAAAUUCUGUCGUCACUUACUCGCCUUCUAGUUUUUCCAAAUCUGAAUACAUGUCUUUGUUCUGAUCUCACGCUGAUCUCUGUCCAUCUUGUAGUUGCUCCAAGUGUUAUCAGUGCUGGUGAUGUGAAGUCAGUGACUGAGGGAGAUUCUGUGACUCUACACACUGAUGUCCAAACACAGAGAGAUGAUCUGAUACUGUGGAGGUUUGGAGAGGAUGGUGUUCUCAUAGCUAAACAUGAUAAAGAAGACAAUAAGAGCUCAAUAUAUGAUGCUGAUGGGAGAUUCAGAGACAGACUGAAGCUGGAUCCUCACACUGGAUCUCUCAUCAUCACAAACACUACAACCACAGACACUGGACUUUAUAAACUAAAGAUCAGCAGCAAUAGAGACACAAAAUACAAGACAUUCAGUGUUUCUGUCAGUGAUGGAGGUCUAUCUUCAGGAGGUGUAGCUGGAAUAGUGUUUGGUGUCCUGCUGUGUAUUGUUGUUGGUGUGUUUGUGUUUCUCCGCAUUAAUUAUGAACGUCAGAAACAAAUGGUUAAAGAAAAGACAGUGAUUGAGAACGAGAGUUCUGUCACUCUUGAGACUGAUGUCACUGAACUCCAGUCUGAUGAUGUGAUCGAGUGGAGCUUUAGAGAUAAAGUGAUAGUCAUAUUCAGUAUGAACAACAAGCUCUUUACUGAUGAACAGAGACUCAGAGACAGACUGCAGGUGGAUGAUCAGACUGGAUCUCUCAUCAUCACAAACAUCAGAACAGAAGACGCUGGACUGUAUAAAGUAAAGAUCAGCAGCAGCAGUCGACUGAAAUCAUUCCUUCAGUUCAUCACCGGUGGAGGACCAUCAUACUAUCAGUUCAGUGUUAUUGUCACAGCGCUCCACCAUAAUCCCCAUCCCAAAGAAACCCAAAAUCACAGGACUGAAUGACUACAGAACCGUCGCUCUCACAUCUGUGGUAAUGAAGUCAUUUGAGAGACUUGUAUUGGCUUAUCUGAAGGACAUCACAGAACCCUUACUGGACCCCCUGCAGUUUCCCUACAGAGCAAACAGGUCUGUUGAGGAUGCAGUUAACAUGGGGCUGCAUUUUGUCCUGAAACAUCUGGAUAGAUCAGGGAUCUAUGUAAGGAUCCUUUUUGUGGACUUCAGCUCUGCUUUCAACACCAUCAUCCCAUCACUGCUCCAGACAAAGUUAACCCAUCUGUUCCUGGCUCUAUCUGUCAGUGGAUCACCAGCUUUCUGACAGACAGGCAACAGUUAGUGAGAAAGGGGAAACUCACAUCCAGCACUCGCACAAUCAGCACUGGCGCCCCCCAGGGAUGCGUUCUCUCCCCACUGCUCUUCUCCCUGUACACAAAUGACUGCACUUCCCAGGACCCUUCUGUAAGACUUCUGAAGUUCGCAGACGACACCACACUCAUUGGCCUCAUCCAGGAUGGUGAUGAAUCUGCUUACAGACAGGAGGUUGAGCAGCUGUCUGUCUGGUGCAGUCAUAACAACUUGGAGCUGAACACGCUUAAAACAGUGGAGACGAUUGUGGAUUUCAGGAGAAACCCCCCUGCACUCCCCCCUCUCACUACAUGAACAGCACUGUGGCAGCAGUGGAGUCAUUUAGGUUCCCGGGCACCACGAUCUCUCAGGACCUGAAGUGGGACGAUCACAUUGGCUCUAUUGCUAAAAAAGCCCAGCAGAGGUUGUACUUCUUACAUCAGCUGAAGAAGUUCAUCCUACCACAAGCUCUAUUAAAACAGUUUUACUCAUCAGUCAUAGAGUCUGUCCUCUGCACAUCCAUCACUGUCUGGUUUGGCUCAGCCACAAAGUCAGACCUCAGAAGACUACAGAGGACGGUUCGGACUGCUGAGAAGAUCAUUGGUGCUCCCUUGACCACCCUCUAAGAACUGUAUACAUCCAGAGUGAGGAAAAGGGCUCAGAAGAUCACCCUGGACCUCUCACAUCCAAGCCAUCAUCUCUUCACAAUGCUGCCGUCUGGUCGGCGCUACAGAGCACUGAGCAGCAAAACAACCAGACACUAAAAUAGCUUCUUCCCUCAGGCCAUCUACCUCUUGAACAGUUAAAAAUUUUUUUUUUUUUUCUUGUGUACAAAACUUCUUAUGUGCAAUUAAUUCUGUGCAAUAAUAAUAAAGUGCAAUCUUCAAUAUCCUUCAGAUAAUACACUAUCUAUUUUUUAUACAACUUUUUCUGUAAAUUAUAUUUCAUCUUGCUGUAUAUAACACUUUUACUGAAAUAGUCUAUUCUAUUUUUUACUUAAUUUUUUUUUACUUUUUAACUUUACUCUCUAUAGCCUCACUCUUAUGUUUAUUGUAUCGUAUUUCUUAAUUUUUAUACCCAUUGGCCCUUAUUUAAGUCAGCUGUGUAACUUUUGUAUUGUUUGAUGGUCUCUGUGUUGUUGCUUAUUCUGUGUACUGGAUGCUCCUGUCACCAAAACAAAUUCCUUUUAUGUGCAAACAAACUUGGCAUAAAAGCUCUUUCUGAUUCUAAUUCUGAUUCUGAUUAGUCGUGCAUCAUUUUGGAUCCUUAGGAUCCAAACAGGAAUGAAUUUAGAAGCCACCAAAAACUUCCAUGUGUUUCCUAUUUAAAGACGGUUACCUAUGUAGUUACACGAGUAAGUAUGGUAACACAAAAUCAAACGUGGAGAUUUUCUGAGCAGAUAAAAGAUUUAGUGGAACAGACUGAAAGCUCACGCGCAGAAUAGACGAUAUUCUAUUGGAGCAAAACGAGAACUGCAGCGUUUGUCAACAGAACUUAUGUGGGAUAACAGAAGCUAGACAUAAAACUGGGUCACUAGGUCAAUUGAUGGAGGAUGUACAACCUGCUGGGCAUUUUAUUUGCUAGCUGACAAUCUAUUUAAAUCUAUUGUUUCUAUUAAGUGUGUUUAAGUGUUUGCUUACAAGAGAUAAUCUUUUAGAAGUAAAUAGGGAUUAAGGGACCUUUAAAUAGUGUUUGUGCGAUGGCCUCAGUGGUCGUUUCCAGAAAAGAUGUAAAUCCAACGGCCUGUGGGCAUGAUGUCUGAAGCUGUGACUAGUCUGAACCAAACAUAAUAGGCUAUGUUUACAUUUUUAUUGUGCGUUUAAUUGAAAGAAGUAGGUGUUAAAUGCAGAAGAUUCUCUCCUUUAGUUCAUAUAGUGUAUGAAGUGACUUCAGUCUGACAUUCAUUGGUUAAUCAAGUCUUGUUCAUUAUUUAAGUGCUCCACA